AUGAUCGAUCACAUCGCUUUUCACCAGAAGAAGCUGAAUGAGAUCCAAAGGAAGCUGGACAGGGUGGAUGUUCAGCAAUCUGAGCUGAAAAACUCAUUGGUUCAGAAGGAGGCUCCCAGCGAAAAUGCCAUCUCUUAUGAAUGGCAGACAAAACUGGAGGCGUUUGAAAAGCAACUGUCAGCGAUGCAGGAAUUACUAUCCAAAGUGAACAAGAGAACCGUAAAUCCGUAUUUGUACGAUCGGAUUGGCUCGAAAUGGAUUUACGUCGAACGCAAAAAUCGUCGAAAUUGGGAGGAAGCUGAAGCGUUCUGCCGCGAGAUAAACUGUCACCUGAUCAGAAUCCAGAACGACUCCGAGCUGAGAGCCCUGGGUGAAAAGUUGGAGAGACACACUCCCUACUGGCUGGGGAACAAUGACGUGGCCAAGGAGAGCAAGUUUGUGUCUGUGGCUUCCGGUCAGCCAGCUGCCUUUCUCAAGGAAGACUCCCAACCCGAAAACUGGAUCGAAAAACAGAGCUGCGUACAUAUCUAUAACGGCGAAAUGUACAACACCCACUGCAGAUCACUUGCAGUUUUCAUUUGCGAACCGAAUUUCGGUUAG